AUGGCUGCCGAGAGGUCUCAGGGGCUUGGAAGCACCAUCAACCCCGCGUUUGCUCUGACACAAUCACGUACUGACUCGGAGGUUCCAUAUCCCAGCGACGAACCAUAUCUCAUACAAGGUGAGCGUUCGAAUCUUAACCCUGAGAGUCUAUCGUUCACCUACCGUGUCAUGAGUACUGAUCGAUCCCAUCAGAACAAAAUCGGGUCGAAUCACAAAGUCCGAGCGAGAACCAAAGAAAAAUAGCCGCUGCAGUCAGGACCGUACUGACCAACCUCGGCGAAGACCCUAACCGCGAAGGUCUACUCAAAACCCCAGAACGCUACGCACGCGCCAUGAAAUUCCUCACCCACGGCUACCAGCGCAACGUCGAAAUCGAAACCAACGGCGCGAUCUUCAACGUCGAAAGUAACGGCAUGGUCAUUGUCCGGGAUAUCGAAAUCUACAGCCUAUGCGAGCACCAUCUCCUCCCCUUCUUCGGGAAGAUUCAUAUUGGAUAUAUCCCCCGAGGUCGUGUCCUGGGGUUGUCGAAGUUUGUUCGGGUCGUGGAGAUCUUCGCCAGGCGAUUACAGGUGCAGGAGCGCGUGACGAGUCAGGUGGUUCAGGCGAUACAGCGGCUUCUGGAGCCUGAGGGCGUGAUUGCGGUUGUGGAGUGCACUCAUUUGUGCAUGGCAAUGAGGGGAGUGCAGAGGAGCGGGGCGACUACUGUUACCCAGUGUAGUACGGGAGUCUUCGAGAAGGACGCGGGGACAGUAAAGCGCUUUCACACUUUACUGAAGUAG